GCAGGACAGAAGGGGUCAGGUUUCUUGAAGCAGCUGGAGGUCCUGGAAGUCUGGGUCCCACCCUGAGAGCCUCCUCCCACAGGCAAUGCGCACCCAGGCUCCGGAGGACAGAGGGGCCCAGGCAGCGCCUUCACCGGAACCUCUUCCUGGAGCAGGACAAGACGCCGCCAGUCCCUGUCGCUCCCGUCCCCGUGAAGAGAGCGGCUUCUAACAGACGGCGCUGGGCUGACUCUCCAUCAUGCCAGGCCUGCUUAGUCUCCCAACAUUCUGCCACUUCCUUCUCCCCUGGGCCCUCGCCAUCUUCCACAAAGCGCUGGGGGACCUAGCACCCCACCCCGGCCCCCACUACCUCCUGCCCCCCAUCCACGAGGUCAUUCACUCUCGUCGUGGGGCCACGGCCACGCUGCCUUGCGUCCUGGGCGCCCCGCCUCCCAGCUACAAGGUCCGCUGGAGCAAAGUGGAGCCCGGGGAGCUCCGGGAAACGCUGAUCCUCAUCACCAAUGGCCUGCACGCCCGGGGCUACGGGCCCCUGGGGGGGCGCGCCAGGAUGCGGAGGGGGCAUCGGCUGGACGCCUCCCUGGUCAUCGCGGACGUGCGCCUGGAGGACGAGGGCAGGUACCGCUGUGAACUCAUCAACGGCAUCGAGGACGAGAGCGUGGCGCUGACCCUGCGCCUGGAGGGUGUGGUGUUCCCGUACCAGCCCAGCCGGGGCCGGUACCAGUUCAAUUACUACGAGGCGAAACAGGCGUGCGAGGAGCAGGACGGGCGUCUGGCCACCUACGCCCAGCUGUACCAGGCGUGGACCGAGGGCCUGGACUGGUGCAACGCGGGCUGGCUGCUCGAGGGCUCCGUGCGCUACCCCGUGCUCACCGCGCGCGCCCCGUGCGGUGGCCCGGGGCGGCCCGGGAUCCGCAGCUACGGGCCCCGCGACCGGAAGCGCGACCGCUACGACGCCUUCUGCUUCACUUCGGUGACUGCAGGCCACGUGUUCUUCGUGCCCGGGCGGCUGACGCUGUCUGAAGCGCACGCGGCGUGCCGGCGGCGCGGGGCCACGGUGGCCAAGGUCGGGCACCUCUACGCCGCCUGGAAGUUCUCGGGGCUGGACCAGUGCGACGGCGGCUGGCUGGCGGACGGCAGCGUGCGCUUCCCCAUCACUUCGCCGCGGCCGCGCUGCGGGGGCCUCCCCGACCCCGGCGUGCGCAGCUUCGGCUUCCCGCGGGCGCAGCAGGCGGCCUUCGGGACGUACUGCUACUCGGAGUAG